AUUGCCAAGCUUUGAUAUCUCUCUCUCUCUCUAGAUGGAAGUGCAAAAUUUAGAACAAGGGCAUGUUAUUGAGGUCCAUUCUCAUGUACCAAGUACGGAGGGGGGAUCCACCUCCGGUGGACGAAAGGGUUGUGAGGCCGGUACACUAUGCGAUUUCUCCGAUUCUAAGAACAGUUCCAAAGAUGCACAAGAGCGUUCGUCCUCUUCGAGAAAACUCUCGAUCGCGGUAGCAUUGUGCAUCCUCUUCAUGGGUGUCGAAAUCGUCGGUGGAAUCAAAGCCAAUAGUCUCGCCAUAUUGACCGACGCGGCUCAUUUGCUAUCCGACGUCGCCUCUUUCGCCAUUUCUCUGUUUUCGUUGUGGGCCGCAGGGUGGGAGGCCAAUCCGCGCCAAUCCUAUGGCUUUUACAGGAUCGAGAUUUUGGGAGCCCUUGUCUCGAUCCAACUGAUAUGGCUUCUCACUGGAAUCCUCGUGUACGAAGCUAUUGUUCGAUUAUUGAACAAUAGUGGUGACGAAGUUCAAGGAUUUUUGAUGUUUUUAGUUUCCGCUUUUGGAUUGUUGGUUAAUAUUAUCAUGGCUGUCUUGUUAGGCCAUGAUCAUGGUCAUGGUCAUGGUCAUGCUGACCAUGGCCACGACCAUGCUGACCAUGAUCAUGAUCAUGACAAUGCUGAUCAUGACCAUGAUCAGCCUUUGCUAAAGUCAAAAGAAGGAGACAAGAAAACGAAAAAGGCGAAGAAUAUAAACGUGCAAGGGGCUUACCUUCAUGUGCUUGGGGACUCGAUACAGAGCGUUGGUGUUAUGAUUGGUGGAGCUGUGAUAUGGUACAAACCGGAGUGGAAGAUUAUUGACUUGAUAUGUACGCUUCUUUUCUCCGUGAUUGUUUUGGGCACUACUAUUAGGAUGCUCCGGAAUAUUCUAGAGGUUCUUAUGGAGAGCACUCCGAGAGAGAUUGAUGCUAAGAGGCUCGAGAAGGGUCUUUGUGAGAUGGAGGAGGUUGUCGCGGUGCAUGAGUUGCAUAUAUGGGCGAUUACUGUCGGGAAAGUGUUGUUGGCGUGCCAUGUUAAAGUUAAGCCCGAUGUCGAUGCUGACGUGGCGCUCGACAAAGUCAUUGAUUACAUCAAGAGGGAGUACAAUAUCAGUCAUGUCACAAUUCAGAUUGAAAAAGAAUAGAUGGUGUGUUGUGUCUCUAUUGUUGGAAUAUGGCAAACAAAAAAAUUAUUGUUUGGUGUGGUU